UCAUGCCUGCUGCGAAGUCGAAGCAGAGGAGCACCCUCUUCGUCUUCGUGUACUUCGCCUCUUCCGCGGCGCUCGCGGUGCUGCUCUCGGCGUCCUGGCAAUGGCUUGCCGCGGCGUCCGCCCGGCCCGCCCGCAUGCGCCUGUUCAUGCACGACGUGCUCACCGGGCCGGGCGCCACGGCGGUCGAGGUCGUGAACGGCACGGGGCCGUCGCUGUUCGGGGGCGAGCCGCCGCUGCGGUUCGGGCAGGUGGUGGUGAUCGACGACGCGCUCACGGAGGGGCCGGACCCGGCGUCGAGCCCCGUGGGGCGCGCGCAGGGGACCUACGUUUUCGCGUCCAUGCACGACCCGGCGUUGCUCUUCUGCAUGAAUGUGGUGCUCACGGCGGGGCCAUACUCCGGGAGCACCUUCACCGUCGUCGGCCGCGACAACAUCGUCGAGCCAUUGCGGGAGCUGUCCGUGGUGGGCGGCACCGGGCGGUUCAGGAUGGCGACGGGGUACGUGCUCUGGAAGACGGCGAGCUGGCAGCUACGCAAGAACGCCGUCCUCGACCUGGACGUGUUUAUCCACCUCCACGCCCACGCCCAUGCAUGAUGGACGCCAUCAAUCGCCUUAGACGCAGGUAUACCUGCCCAUCGGCAGCCUGGCCCGGACGGCCCGACCUUGUCCACGGGCCGGACCUGGGCCUAGAUUUUAAGCCCGAAGGCUGGGCCGGGCCCGGGUCCGUCAUAUUAGCAUUUUGAUGAAGAGGCCCGAGGCCUGACGGGCUUUUACACUGGCGGGCCAGGCCCAGGCUUGGAUUUUCUGCAUCGGGCUUGGUUAGGCCCGGCCCGGCCCGAGCCUUUUUUUUUUCUUUUUCACAUAUUAGUUCUAUUUUAGUCAAACUUUAUAAAGGUUGACCAGAUAUAUAUAUAUACUAUUAAAAAUAAAAAGAAGUUGACGGAAUACUACCAUUGAUAUUAAAAGGUUGAGUGGUAAGCAAUCCAAACUACUAAAAAAAGUAAAUUAUGUGUGUAGUGUGAAAAACACUCUUAUAUUAUAUUAUGGUACGAAGGGAGUAACUCAAAGAACAAAAAUGAUAAAUUCAACACUAAAUAGUACAUAACAUACAUCGGGCUCCAGAUUUGGCCCAUUAUCACACUGAUGCAAAAUUUGUCAUUUUUGUAUCUCAUGCAAUGUAUCGAACUUUGAUAUGAAAUUUAUUGACAACAUACAUUAACGUCGUGUCAAUGUUCUAGAUUUUUCUUUUUCAGAUAUUUCCAAACAUUUAA